AUUUCCGUUGAUCGCCCGUUUCUGGAUUUCCUUUGGAAGUACGCUUCUUGCUCAAUUGAAGAAAAUUCUGUGAAAAGGCAGUUGGCUUUUACAUCAUGGACGCCUUCCGACGAAAGAAGUCAGAUAGUAUCGGAAAUGAGUCUCCUUCCAGGGUGCUCUCAGCAUCCAAGGAGACUCCCGGCAGCAUUGAUGUUCAGCACGGUUCUUCUGACAAUGCCGAUCAACUACAGCGCCGCCUUGACAAUCGUCAAAUCCAGCUCAUUGCGAUUGGAGGUUCCAUUGGCACGGCUCUAUUCGUCAGCAUUGGCACUGGUCUGAUGCAAGGUGGUCCAGCCAGUCUUUUCUUGGCUUAUAGCGGAUAUGCCUGCUUGCUUGGUCUCGUCAAUAAUGGUAUGGCUGAGAUGGCUACGCUUCACCCAGUCAGCGGUGGUUUCAUCCGUAUGGCAGGAAAAUGGGUUGAUGAAGCUCUUGGUUUCAUGGUCGGCUGGAACUUCUUCUUCUACGAGGCACUACUGAUUCCGUAUGAAAUCACUGCCAUCAACCUGGUUCUGUCCUUUUGGCGUGAUGACAUUCCUGUAGCCGCAGUAUGUGCAGUUUGCAUCGUAUUAUAUGCUACUUUGAACGUCCUGGCGGUACGCGCUUACGGAGAGGCUGAAUUUUGGCUGUCGGGAGGAAAGGUCAUUCUGAUCUUUAUCCUUUUCUUCUUCACACUAAUCACAAUGUGCGGAGGCAACCCUGACCAUGAUGCAUAUGGAUUUCGAUACUGGUCUGAUCCAGGUCCAUUUGCUGAGCAUCGUAGUACCGGCAGUCUGGGUCGAUGGGAAGGGUUUCUGGCUGCGCUCUGGUCCGCCUCCUUUUGCGUCGUAGGACCGGAGUAUAUUGCCAUGGUCGCUGCCGAGGCCAAGCGUCCCAGUGUCUAUAUCAAGGCCGCUUUCAAAACCGUUUACUGGCGAUUUGGCAUUUUCUUCAUGCUUGGCGCCCUCUGCGUCGGUAUCGUUAUUCCCUACAACGACCCUACGCUCCUGGCAAUUCUUGGUGGAGAGAGUGGGGGAGCUGGCACAGCUGCGGCAUCGCCUUAUGUCAUCGCUAUGAGGAAUCUCCGCAUCGAUGGCCUUCCUCACCUUGUCAAUGCCCUUAUGCUGACGAGUAUCUUUUCCGCUGGCAACACCUACACGUAUUGCGCAAGCCGUAAUCUCUACGGUUUGGCCCUGGAAGGUCGCGCCCCUAGAUUUCUGCGCAGAUGCACAAAGAACGGUGUACCGAUUUAUUGCAUCGCCAUCGUCAUGAUCUUUCCCUUCCUGUCGUUCCUCUCCGUGUCCAGCAGCUCGGGUGUGGUACUGAACUGGCUUGUGAACUUGAUCACUGCUGGAGGCAUCAUCGACUAUAUUACCAUGUCGGUUACUUACCUCUUCUUUUACUAUGCCUGCAAGGCGCAAGGAGUCGAUCGUAAGCUCUUCCCCUAUUACGGCUGGGGCCAGCCCUACUGCGCUUGGAUUUCUUUGUGUGGCAUGACCACCAUUGUGUUCACAUACGGUUAUUCCAGCUUCAAGCCUUGGAGCGUGGAGAACUUCUUCAUCUACUACACAAUGGUCAUCCUCGCCCCAAUCCUAUUUUUCGGCUGGAAGCUGAUUCACCGUACUAAGGUGGUAAAGCCACGUGAGGCGGAUCUGAUAUGGGAAAGACCAAUUGUGGAGGCGUAUGAGUCUACUUUCGAAGGGCCUCCGACAGGCUUCUGGACCGAGAUACUGCAUUUGAUUGGUCUCAAGCGCAACAAACGGGAUGUACAACACGUUUGAGAGCACUUAUUUUAUUCUUGAAUGGUGCACUUAACUUGUUCGAAACCGAUGGCAUUUAUAGAUACAUAGCUGGCCAAUCCCAAGCCUGCAGUCCGCA